AGUCACAAUCGCCCUGUUCCGUCUUAACAAUCCUGCCGAGAUGAAGUACUUGGUGUUUGUGCUCCUGGUGGCUGCCGCUUGCGCUUCUGAGGUGGAGAAGCGAGAGGCGGAGCCAAGUCGUGCCUACAGCUAUGGCUACGGUCUCCACCACCACGCCUACUACCCACGCCCCUACUACUACCCCUACCGCCCCUCCUACCACCACCACCACAAGAGGUCCGCCGAGCCUGAGGCCGAAGCAGAGCCCUCUUACGGUUCCUACCGAAGCUACUACCGCCCCUAUUCCUACGGCUACCACCCACGCCACUACACUCCCUCCGUCCACCACCACCACAAGAGGUCCGCUGACCCCGUCGCUGAGGCUGAGCCCAGCUACGGCUACGGCUACAAGUCCUACCACCCCGUGUACCCUCGCUACUACCACUCCUACCACCCACACUCCUACUCCCCCUACGUCCACAGCCACCACAAGAGGUCCGCUGAGGCUGAGCCUGGCUAUGGCUACGGCUACAAGACCUACCACCCACGUCACUACCACUCCUACCACCCCCACUCCUACCACGCCUAUCCCUCUUACGGCCACGCCCACUACGGCUACCACUGAGGCACCAGGAGAAUGGUAAUUUAAUCCCAUUUUCAAUUGAUCAGCUUUACUAACAUAGCAAAACUUCUUUAGCAGAAAAUAAAAAAUAUUUU